CAGCUGAAGGUGAUGGGCUGCGGAGCGACAAGCAGCGCUCACUGCAACAGAGUCACGCUGAAGCGCAAUGCCUCGUUUUACUGUCCACAUCCGCGAUGAGUGGCUGGCGGUGCCAUGCCGGGACACAACCAACACCAUCCAGUGGCUCGGACUCGAGGCGCUUAAACGUUACAUUAAGAACAAACCGGACAACGGCGGCAUCACGGCGGUGAAGGACACUCGGUUCGUGGUGCGAAGGUGCCAGGGUUUGGGUUUGCUGGACGCGGAUGACACCAUCGAGGAUGUACUGGAGGAUAACGACUUUGUCGAGAUCGCUAUAGAAGGAGAUACCAUGUCUCCUGACUUUAUCCCGUAUGAGCCUGGAGUUUCUCAUCUUACAGCAGCAUAUAAAGAACCUGGAGACUUUAUUUCCCUGGAUGGGAACAGCCUGACAUCUACAGAUUUGGUCAACCUAGGCAGGGGACUGUACAAGAUAAAGCUGACUCCAGAGGCAGAGAGAAAAGUUGUGCAAGCCAGAGACCUUUUGGACACCAUUGUCAAAGAAAACAAAGUUGUCUAUGGAAUCACAACAGGAUUUGGCAAAUUUGCCCGAACUGUCAUUCCUGUCAGCAAGCUCAAGGAGCUGCAGGAGAACUUGGUGCGUUCACACUCAGCAGGUGUGGGAAACCCGUUGAGCCCUGAGAGAACCCGCAUGUUGCUCGCUCUCAGGAUCAAUGUCCUGGCCAAAGGGCACAGUGGGAUCUCUCUGGAAACCCUUCAUGCCAUGAUCCAAGCCUUUAAUGCUUCCUGCCUCUCCUUUGUCCCAGAGAAGGGAACAGUGGGUGCUAGCGGAGACCUGGCACCACUCUCUCAUCUGGCUCUAGGGCUGAUGGGAGAGGGUAAAAUGUGGUCUCCAAAGAGUGGAUGGGCAGAUGCCAAAUAUGUCCUUGAGGCCCAUGGACUGAAGCCAAUAUCACUAAAGCCUAAAGAGGGUCUUGCUCUGAUCAACGGGACCCAGAUGAUCACCUCUCUGGGGGCAGAGGCCAUGGAGCGAGCCCAGGCGAUCGCCCGUCAGGCUGACAUCAUCGCUGCCCUCACCCUGGAGGUGCUAAAAGGAACCACCAAGGCUUUUGACAGUGACAUCCAUAUGCUGCGGCCUCACCCAGGACAGAUAGAGGUGGCCCAACGCUUCCGCUCGCUGCUGGACUCUGAUCACCAUCCAUCCCAAAUUGCAGAAAGCCACCGUUUCUGUGACCGAGUCCAGGAUGCCUACACCAUGCGAUGCUGUCCUCAGGUUCACGGAAUUGCCACCGACACAAUCAACUUUGUCCAGAACAUCAUCAAUACAGAAAUCAACAGUGCCACUGACAACCCUAUGGUGUUUGCCGAAAGAGGUGAGACCAUUUCAGGUGGGAAUUUCCAUGGAGAAUAUCCAGCAAAGGCCCUAGACUUUUUAGCCAUUGCAGUCCAUGAGCUGGCGUCUAUCAGUGAGAGGAGGAUCGAGAGGUUGUGUAACCCCUCCCUGAGCGAGCUGCCUGCCUUCCUCGUCAACGAGGGGGGACUCAACUCAGGAUUCAUGAUUGCCCACUGCACUGCUGCUGCAUUGGUUUCAGAGAAUAAGGUUUUGUGCCAUCCAUCUUCUGUGGACUCCUUGUCCACCAGUGCUGCCACAGAGGACCAUGUGUCUAUGGGAGGCUGGGCUGCCAGGAAGGCCCUGAGGGUCAUUGAGCAUGUGGAGCAAGUUCUUGCCAUAGAGCUGCUGGCGGCCUGUCAGGGUAUCGAGUUCCUCCGCCCACUUCGAACCACCACUCCACUGGAGAAGGUCUAUGAACUCGUGCGCAGUGUGGUCAAACCGUGGAUUAAAGACAGGUUCAUGUCUCCAGACAUCGAAGCUGUUCACCGCCUCCUACUUGACCAGAAGGUGUGGAAUGUGGCCAAACCUUACAUUGACAAGUAUCAGACGGAGUACAUCCCAGAGUCCCGCCCCGUCUCCCCCACUGCCUUCUCCCUGGACUCUCCAGCAUCGCCGAGGAAGCGUGUCCGACAUGAGUAAAUGCAUUCUUUUUUUAUUUUACAAAGACUUUUGUGAAUUUCAAUGAACCAAAGUAUUUGAUUUAACAUUGAUUUGAAGAUGCAAUAUUGGUUUUCCUUCUGUUGACUAUAUUCAUAUUUAGAUAUUUGACAUUGAAUUUUUAAUAUUUGAGGAUAUGUUGAUAAGAUAAGAAAUGGGAAUAAUAUAUAUACACACAUUUAGUGACCACCAAUAAUGACACCAGUAAAAUCGAAUCCAACAGCCUCAGCGUAAAUAUUUCCUUUGCAAAGAUUAUAAUGUUCACUCUUCAUUGACACUGUCAGCAAAGUAUGAGUUUAACUGUAUAUUUAUAGUUUAGAGUCUAGUUUGCAGUAAUAACUCAACUGUUUAACUUUGAGAAAAUGGGGUCAGAAUUUCAUAAGAUUGUAUGGGUGUAGUUAAUAAAGUGGCCACACAGUGUAUGUUUCUAUGUAGUAAUUGUUGGGUGUUGAACUUGUAUCCUGUAUAUCCACUGCCCUAUGCCACGAUGCAUUAGAGUUUUACCUAUGUACACUUGUGUUGUCCCUUAAAACUGUUUUUAAUUUAGUUGUUCUUGCCACACUACCUCAGCCAUUUUCAUAUCAAAUCUUUUUAAUGAUGUAACACAAACAUUACUCUGAUUAAAUGUAGUUUUUCUGCUUUAAUCAUAUGAAAUCUUAAAUGAUUUUCAUCUAUAUGUUUUCACACAUAAAUUUUUUCAUCUAUAUGUUUAGAUAACAAUAAAAGUUUCAGCA